CGCACGAUACGCACCGCCGCCGACGCCACCGCCACCACCCAGCCAUCGAGCGAAGCCGAGCGCGACAACAAUUCCACCCGCCUGAGUCGCCCAGUUACCGCCGGCGCCGUCAGGGCAAUUCGUUCGCGGAAUCGCGCGUACACCGGUGCCACGUGCCCUUAAACCGGUGCUGCAAUCCGACGCUCAUUAACACACGGCAACUGAGACGCGGGCAGCGAGGGCGCGGACAAGACGGUCCUAGUCGAUCCCAAAAGGUUUAACCCCAACGUGUGCCAUUCAUUGCGUUACGCCAAUGGUUGCUCUGAGGGACGGCGGAAAGAUGAUAUGGCAUUUGGCAAUUUGCUCUGUAAUUCCAUAACGUAAAUCACCGCGCAAUUUCGUGUACCUACUACGCAAGCAGUUCAUAAACCAAACGUGCGAAGAGCUUCGUCAGGAAACAGCCACAACAGCAGAACGUGAAGUGAAGAAAAAUGGCAUUCGCUGCUGCGCGUAUGAUCCUGAAGGAUAAGCGGAGGAAGCCGUCCAAGGAAGAGUACACGCCAAGGAACCGGAGUAAGGCGCGCAGUGGGAGCGCCAGUAGCUAUCGAAGUCUCAGUCAGGCACGCAACAAGCCCGCUGAUGGCAGCGCGCCCGGUAAGCAGGGCCAGUGCCCGCGCACACCAACGAAGAACGCCGGCGGCAAGGGCCAGAAGCCCGGUCAGAAGAAUGGCGGCUCGCAGCAGAAGGGCCAGCCGAAGCAAGCGUCCGCAAAGGCGGCUGCCACUGCCGUCGUCGCCACCACCGCCAACGCCAAGAACUCGAAGAAUAAGAAGAAGGGCAAGCAUCACCAGCACGACCUCAUCGUCACCAUCAACUUGAAUGAAUACGGGCUGUCCGAGGAUCAGGUCGCCGAAUUCAAGGAAGCCUUCAUGCUGUUCGACAAGGACGAGGACGGCACCAUAACAAUGGCCGAAUUAGGCGUUGUCAUGCGAUCAUUAGGACAACGUCCGACCGAAACCGAGUUGCGUGAUAUGGUCAACGAAGUAGAUCAGGAUGGUAACGGCACUAUCGAAUUCAACGAGUUUCUGCAGAUGAUGUCGAAGAAGAUGAAGGAUUCCGAUGGCGAGGAUGAAUUACGAGAGGCGUUCAGAGUUUUUGACAAGAACAAUGACGGAUUAAUCUCGUCCAAUGAGUUACGCCACGUGAUGACUAGCUUGGGCGAGCGCUUAUCGGAAGAGGAAGUCGACGACAUGAUCAAGGAGGCUGAUCUGGAUGGCGAUGGACAAGUCAACUAUGACGAAUUCGUAUCCAUCUUGACUUCGAAAAAUUAAGUCCUCUCCACAGACUUUCUAAUUCAAGGUCCAAAGAAAACAACUCACAACAAUGAAUAACGAUAACUCUUACUUAUUAACUACUAUUCCACAUUCAAAGGCAAAAACAAAAAUAAAAAGCUUCAUAGAGAAUCAAACGUAUAGGAUUCAAGAAAUCGUUAUCUUUAAUGACAAGUGCUGCAUUUGUUUCCAAACUUUACAGUUACGUUCACAAUGUAUUGAAUUAGGAAGUACAUAUAUUAAAUCUUAUUAAUGAAUACUUACACCUCUCAUAAAAUAUUGGAGUCUUAAAACUAUUAAGCAAAUUAAAACUUUACGAAUAUAUGUAAUACAAAGACGCAACUUUAGGCUGAAAUUGAGUUUUCGAUUAAAAUGAACAAUGUUAAAAUUGAGCACUCGCUAAUAGAUUUGUAAACUUUAUGGGUUUUAGGUCGCAUUCAAACGUGAUUGAGACUACGUUGAGUACCAAUCGUAAGUCUCCUUCCCGUUUGACUGGCUGCCCAAGGAAUAUCCACUUAAAACGAUGUAAUUGAAUCGAUGCAAUGUGAAUCUCAAAGAAAUCAAAAAUCAAAAUCAAAGCGUCCACUAAAUAGCCGAAAACCAAUGUAAAACUUCUAGUCAACAGGGUUUUUAUAAAAUAUGGAAAGAAUCUAUUAAGCGUUUAUCAUCGCAAACACCAUUUGUUCCAAAUGCUGAGUUCUAACUAAUGAAAUACACUAUUACAAAUAAAAUAAUCAAAAACACGUUGGGAAUUAUCCACAUUAUAUUCUAUUAUACAGUGUUACCAGUUUAUGGUGUGUGUGGUCAAACUAUUUCUAAACACUAAUUUAAAAGAUAUUUAACAAUGUUAAGCAAAUAUAUUGUUUAUAAUCUAUUCUAGUGAUAAUUGUAUAUUUACUAUAACUGUUAACUUUUUGGAUAAUGCUGGUCGUUAUCUUCGAAUGUAAUUUAUUUUACUACUAAACUUUUACGUUUGUUUACAUUUAUGUUAAAGGAGAACGAUUGAAAUUGAAAACAUCACAUCAUUAUCUAGUCACUCUGUAUAAUCGUUAAAAUAGUUAAAUUUUUCAAAUUUGGAAUAUAAAUAUUCACCUAUGAUAACUAUUACAAGUAACAUUUACAGAAGUCGAACUAAAUUCAUUUAGAGCUUUAUUUUAUGCAAUUAUUUGCGUAUCUAUAGACAAGCGACAUGAACAAGUAACGAAAGUAAGCAGCUUACUCUAUAUCGAAGCUAUUAAGAAAUUAAUUAGUCUUCUAUGUGAAUACAAGAGCUAAUUUUGUAUGCGAAUAGAUUCGAUUUAUUCUAAUCGUAGCUGUUUUGAUUGACGUACAUAGAACUUGACUGAUGUUAAAUGUUAAAUGAAUACCUACAAUAGAUGUGUUCUCGUUCGCCCUCUUUACUUACAAUUGCAAGGUAUAUUUAGUAUAAUUUUGUAUCAGGUGUUAAAUGCAGGCAAGGCAACAACAAGAAGAACAAGUAGAUCAUGGUGAAUUUGACUCGCACAACAAAAGGACCAAGAAUGCUAUCCGGAUUGUACUAUACACGAUGAAUAACUUUAACUUGUCACGGGAAAAUGGACGAUUAACGCUGUUUCCACAGAAUUAUCCGCUGAAAAUUAAUCUUUCUCAAUUCCUGCCGAAAAAUAUAUGUACUCUACAAUUUAGCAGGAUGUACAUUAUCACUAACUAUGAAUUAAAACACAAUGGUUUUGAAUUAAAGUUCAAGAGCGCAUUAAAUAUCACAGAAAAACUAUCACAUCAAGUCCUAGAUGUUUGAGAAUCAAGUUAAAUAAUUCACCUUGUAUAGAAUUAAUAAUGCAUUGCGCCUAAACGGGUUGACUUGGUUUCAUUUUCUUGAUGCAAUAUUCUGAAAUAUUUAUACUUAAAUCGGUUGAAUUAAUUUUUGACGUGUGACUUGGUAGUGUAUUUAUAUAUUCUUCGAAAUUGUUUAGUGCGAUAUCUUUGCCAUUAUAUUACAUUAUGAACACGACAAUAAAACAUUUCAAAUUGAACGAUUAGAAAUUCCCGGUUAACAAAGCGUUGAGCAUACAUGCAUUCAAAAGGCAAACAGAACUUCGUCUUCCUAAGUUUAUUUUAGUUUGAUUCGGCCCCCAAUCUAAAUUCGAAUGCUAUUUAUUUUGUUUUAUUCUUCCAAUUAGUGAGCUUAGUUAGUUAUGUAUUGUCACGCGAGUAGGGCAAGCAAUUAAGUUAAACAAAUUGUUAUUUAUUUAUAUGUUAAGUACGUAAAUAUAAGUUUUAUUAUUACAUAUUUGAAUUGUUUGAAUUAACGUGAGUUGAUUAGCUGACAAAUUAUACUGAAAAUUGAAAAUAAAUUAUAACAAUAUACGAAUCACA